GGCGCGCUGGAGCAGCGAGAAUGUGGUGGUGGAGUUCCGUGACGCCCAGGAAAGAUAGCCACAGCUGCAUGCAGUAUGUCAGCUGAGUGGCUCUUCAUCAUGUGAGAAAGUUCUGUUUCCAGUAAUGGCUUUAGCGAUCCUCAUUCUAAUUCCUCAGAAGCGACUGCAAUGUCAGUGGAUUGCCUGGGACAGCAUGCAGUGCUCUCAGGCCGCCGUUUCCUCUACAUAGUCAAUCUGGACGCACCAAACGAGGGACAUCGAAAGAUCUCGCGACAGAGCAAGUGGGACAUAGGGGCAGUGCAGUGGAACCCGCAUGACAGCUAUGCGUACUACUUUGCAGCCUCAAGCAAUCAGCGUGUUGACCUGUAUAAGUGGAAGGAAGGGAACGGUGAAGUUUGCACAUCACUGCAAGGACACACGCGUGUCAUCAGUGACCUGGACUGGGCAGUGUUUGAGCCAGACCUGCUAGUCACCAGUUCUGUUGACACAUACAUCUACAUCUGGGACAUCAAAGACACCAGGAAGCCUGCAGUCUCACUCUCUGCAGUUGCUGGAGCUUCCCAGGUGAAAUGGAACAAGAAAAAUGCCAACUGUUUAGCAACAAGCCAUGAUGGGGAUGUCCGAAUAUGGGACAAAAGGAAACCCAGUACUGCAGUAGAGUACUUGGCAGCUCAUCUCUCUAAAAUCCAUGGUCUGGAUUGGCAUCCUGACAAUGAGUAUACACUGGCCACUUCAAGCCAGGACAACUCUGUCAGGUUCUGGGAUUACCGUCAGCCUCGGAAAUACCUUAAUAUCCUUCCCUGCCAGGUUCCUGUCUGGAAGGCAAGGUACACGCCUUUCAGCAAUGGGCUGGUGACAGUAAUGGUCCCUCAACUCCGCCGGGAGAACAGUCUUCUUCUCUGGAAUGUCUUUGACUUGAACACGCCUGUCCACACCUUUGUGGGACAUGAUGAUGUGGUGCUGGAAUUUCAGUGGAGGAAGCAAAAAGAAGGUUCUAAAGACUACCAGCUGGUUACGUGGUCCCGUGAUCAGACUCUGCGCAUGUGGCGGAUUGACUCUCAGCUGCAGAGGCUAUGUGCUAAUGAUAUCCUGGAUGGAGUCGAGGACCUCAUCGAUGGGAUUUCUCAUCUACCAGAGCCAGACAAGACCCUUCACCCACAGGACUCGGAGUCCCAGCAUAACUCUGGACAUGGGGAUGAGGAAGCAUUAAAAGAAGAUUUCCUGAAUGACCCACUGGUGGGAAAGAAAACAGAGCAACUGGGGCUGCCCCAAACACUGCAGCAAGAGUUCUCGCUGAUCAAUGUGCAGAUCCGAAAUGUCAAUGUGGAGAUGGAUGCGGUGAGUCGUAGCUGUACGGUGUCAGUGCAUUGUGGCAACCACAGAGUCAGGAUGCUGGUGAUGUUCCCUGUCCAGUAUCCCAAUAAUGCUGCACCCUCCUUCCAGUUCAUCAACCCAACUUCAAUCACUGCCUCCAUGAAGGCAAAGCUGCUGAAGAUACUGAAAGACACUUCUCUGCAGAAAGUGAAGCGGAACCAGAGCUGCCUGGAGCCCUGCCUGCGUCAGCUGGUCUCCUGGCUGGAGUCUGUUGUGAACCAAGAGGACAGCACGUCCAGCAAUCCCUACGCUUUGUCCAACUCUGUCACACCCCCCUUGCCCACAUUCGCCCGGGUCUCCAACGCCUAUGGCUCAUACCAGGACUCUAACAUCCCAUUUCCACGGACCUCUGGAGCAAGGUUCUGUGGUGCAGGGUACCUGGUGUAUUUCACGAGACCCAUGACCAUGCACCGUGCAGUGUCCCCUAUGGAGCCCACACCCAGGUCUCUGUCAGCUUUAUCAGCAUACCAUAGUGGCCUCAUUACUCCAAUGAAGAUCCGCACAGAGACUCCAGGCAAUCUGCGUUUGUACAGUGGGAGUCCGACACGCAGUGAGAAGGAGCAAGUCUCCAUUAGCUCCUUCUACUACAAAGAGAGGAUGUCUCCUCGCUCUGCCUGGCGACGUUGGUCCAUACAAGCAAUUAACGACUUCCCGAAAUCAAGGAGGUGGAAAAGCAAACGAGAGGGGACAGAUGCCAACAACCGACCCAUUAAAGCUGCUGGGAAAGUUAUUAUCCAAGAUAUUUCCUGCUUGCUGCCUGUCCACAAGCUGCUAGGAGAGCUCUAUAUACUAAAUGUGAAUAAUAUCCAGGAGACUUGCCAGAAGAAUGCUGCCUCAGCCUUGGCUGUGGGACGGAGGGACCUCGUACAGGUUUGGUCACUGGCCAUGGUAGCCACUGAUCUCUGUCUUGGACCAAAGUCUGACCCAGAUUUGGAGAUACCUUGGGCACAACAUCCAUUUGGACGUCAAUUACUGGAGUCCCUGCUGGCUCAUUACUCUCAGCUCCACGAUGUACAGACCCUGGCCAUGCUCUGCAGUGUAUUUGAAGCCCAAUCCAGGCUACAAGGGUGCCCAAACUCUGGCCCCUUUCCUCCUCGUGCCUCCAACCUGGCCUCCCACAGCCGCUAUCCCAGCUUUACUUCCUCUGGUUCCUGUUCCAGUAUGUCAGAUCCUGGACUUGGCACCGGAGGCUGGAGCAUAGCAAACAAAGACACAGAGCAGGCCUCCACUCCCUGGUGUGAGUCUUCUCCAGAUGACUUUCGCUAUGGAAACCUAACAUAUCCCGAUCAUCGGGAGCGUGAGAAAGACCAGCAUGAGAAGAACAAAAGGCUCCUGGAUCCUGCCAACACUCAGCAAUUUGAUGACUUUAAGAAGUGCUAUGGAGAAAUCCUUUACCGCUGGGGCCUGCGAGAGAAGAGGGCUGAGGUUCUCAAGUUUGUCUCUUGUCCUCCUGAUCCCCACAAAGGAAUUGAGUUCGGCGUGUACUGCAGCCACUGCCGCAGCGAGGUGCGUGGUACACAAUGCGCCAUCUGCAAGAGCUUCACCUUCCAGUGCGCUAUCUGUCACGUGGCAGUGCGAGGCUCCUCCAAUUUCUGCCUGACGUGUGGACACGGGGGCCACACCAGCCAUAUGAUGGAGUGGUUUCGCACACAGGAGGUGUGCCCUACAGGCUGCGGAUGCCACUGCCUGCUCGAGAGCACCUUCUGAGCAGGGCUGGCAUCCCGUGAGCUGCACUUACUCUUUUAAUUCCCAAAUGAUGGUGUAUCAGCUCUGCUCCACAGCAUGUCUGGAGGAGAUGCCACAGUGAGCUGAAGCAGGGUGUCCUGGUGAGGCACUGCAGUGAUGUAUACAAGUGCUUCCAAUAUUCCUACACAUGUUGCUUUCAGACUGAUGUGACCAAAUUCCCUGUGUCCAUUGCUGGCAAUAGAUGCCAGUCAAAAAAAAUUUGCUCCCUUCUGCAAAAGGGUGUAUGAAUAUUUGCUAGUCUUCAUGGGGAUGAAGAGGUGUUUAAAAGCUUCUUUGGAAAGGGCUCUCAUGGCAGAGCCAAACUUUCUUCAGCUGCAUAGUGUCUUUACAGGGACUCCAAGGGAGCCAAAUAGUUAAAGCAGAAAUAAUUCACAAGCAACAGUGAGCUCUAAAGGCGAACUGUGAACUGGGCUUAGAGAACAAACAGUGCAUAGGUCUGCUCAGAGUCACUUUAGGAAGCAACAAGGUUUUUUUUUUUUUUUUUUUUGGAAUGGCUGUUUACAUUUAUUAGAUUAUCCCAUAAAGCAAGAGUAAAAUCCUGGAAAGUGACAUUUUUUAGGAUUACUUCCUAAAUAGCUUCUCCAUCACGGGUCUAUACCUGUGGCUGGUGUGUAAAGCCUCACCGUAUGCCCAGGGUCACUGGGAUCAAUUCCUUUCUUCCAGCAGUUUUAGUCCUGUUACUCCAGUGUCUCCAUCUGCUGCUCUGACCUGGUGAUAUAAUGCACUUUAACUUGCCUGUCCCUGCCUUGUCAGUGAUGCUGCCUUUUGAGUCUGGGAUUCAUGCAGCAUUUCCAUGGGUGGUGACACCUGAGAUGGUUUCAGACAGCCUUUUCUUCCCUUCUGAGCUUGCUUCGUGCAACUCCUUUUGACUGUUUUCUCCAUGCUCUAUGAGGAAAAUCUGUGAAUAAGUUGAGGUUUGCUGACAGUGUGCUUGAGUGGCAAGGCUUCUGAGAUGGGGAGCAAUUUUGAGGGGAAAAGGGGUUUUGGAAGGGUGGUGGGAUUCAUGGAGGCAAAAGGUUUGUGCCUUUUCUCCCUGUGGAGCUUCAAUAGCAGAAUGUACCAGAUUGAUCCAUCUGUUUGGGGCUGUGCCCCUGGGCACUCCCACCCCAGGGAUGCUGUGCGGUUGUGUGCAUGCCCUGUGCACCUCGAGCUCCUCUGAGUAGGCUUUGGCCUGAGCUUUGGCUUUGGGCAAAUGGGUGGUGAGGGCUGAACCCGCUGGAGUUACUACCAUGCCAUGCCAGCACUGAUCCCAAUUUCCUGUGCUUGCCUGAUGUGCAGGGCCAUGUGCCAUGCCUGCUCCCAGCCUUUGUGCCAGCUUUGCUGUGGAAUAAACAGAUGGGUGUCUCUGAAAACAUUAUACCAUUAAAGAUAUUUUUUUAAGUGC